AUGUCCAACUUCGUACCUUUUCAACUUUCAACUUCAUUGGAAGGCCAUGAUUUAGAUGUUAAAGCAGUUUCUAGCCCUAAUGAUAAUAUAAUCAUUUCAGCUUCUCGUGAUCAAAGUGCUCGCUUAUGGUCUAGAAUUUCGGCAAAUGCAUUUGAAGAAUCCAAAAUUUAUUUGGGACAUUCAAAUUUCGUUAAUUCAAUUACAUAUGUUAAACCUUCUGAAAAAUAUCCUCAAGGACUUAUUGUGAGUGGCAGCAGCGACAAGACAAUUAAUGUAUUUGAUGCAGAAAAUGCUGGUGAACCGAUUUAUUCUUUGAUUGGGCAUUCAGGAAAUAUAUGCACACUAGAGGUUACACCAUCAAAUCAUAUAAUUUCAGGCUCUUGGGAUAAAACAGCAAAAAUAUGGAUAAAUUGGCAAGAUUCAUGUACAUUGAAGGGACAUUCACAGGCUGUAUGGGCUGUAUUAGCAUGGAGCGAUGAGUUAAUAUUGACUGGAUCUGCUGAUAAAUCUAUUAUAAAAUGGCAAAAUGGAAAACGUAUUCAUACAUACAAAGGUCAUACUGAUUGUGUUAGGGGUUUAGCUUUAUUACAAAAUAUUGGAUUUGUAUCUUGUGCUAAUGAUAGUACACUUCGGAUUUGGACUCUAGAUGGUCAAUGUAUUCAAGAAUUAAGUGGGCACGUGUCAUUUGUUUAUUCUAUUGAUGUUUUGCCUAGUGGUGAAAUUAUAUCAGGUGGAGAGGAUAGAUCAAUCAAAGUCUGGAAAGACAGCACAUGUAUUCAAACUAUAUUGUUCCCUGCGACAUCUGUAUGGUGUGUUACUUCAAUGCCUAAUGGUGAUAUUGUCAGUGGUUCAAGUGAUGGAAUAAUUCGUGUUUUUACUAGAGUACCAGAGCUUGGGGAUUUGAAUAAAGAAACACUUCCCGGAUCUGAGGCAUUACUUCGACCAGGAGAAACGGACGGUCAAGUAUUGAUGGUUCGUAAUGGUGAUUUAGUUGAAGCUCAUCAGUGGAGUGAAGCCAGUAAAUCAUGGAAAAAGGUUGGAGAGGUUGUUGACGCGGUCGGUCAAAAUCGCAAACAAUUAUAUAAUGGAAUAGAAUAUGAUUAUGUAUUUGACGUUGAUGUUGGAGAAGGGAUGCCACCAUUAAAACUUCCAUAUAAUGCCACAGCAGCACAACAAUUUAUUUGGGCCAAUGAACUUCCACAAAGUUAUUUGGAUCAGGUAGCAGAUUUUAUAACAACAAAUGCACAAGGAGUGUCAAUAGGCACAGCCAAUCAAUACUCCGAUCCAUUUACAGGCGGCUCUAGAUAUACACCCGGAACUUCAAGUUCAUCAAUACCAUCUAACACUAGGCCAAAUUACCUUGAUCCUUGGACUAGUUCAGGAGCCUCCAGCAGUGGUACUUCUGAAACUAAGAAAAUAAUUCCACAAAAAACAUAUUUAACGUUUCGUCAGGCCAAUCUUCAAGCUAUACUAAAAAAAUUUAAUCAAUUUAAUAAUGAGUUAAAAGAUGUUUCAUUGAGUUCUGAAGAAUUUGCUAUUUUGGAAAAUUUGACAAAAUUUUUACAGAAUCCAGAUCCCAAGCUUGCCUCAUCACCUGAAAGAGAGAAAGAAUUUCUUAUCAUUAAGAAAGCCCUUACUCUUUGGCCAUCGAAUUAUCUUUUCCCGGGAAGUAUCGUUAAGUUUAUAGAGUCUGUAAUUGGAAUAAGUUCAUGGGUUGGUGAUGAACAAUUGUCAAAAGAAAAGGAGACCAAUUUAAUGUUAUAUUUUAAAGUUCUUGCCAAUCUUUUUGAUUCUAAAGAAGGAAGAGAUGUUAUAAGGAAAGAAUCUGUUGCUAUGAUUGCUACGAUUGUAGAGCUUUUAGAAUCUGAGAGAGAUUCAGAAGUGGUAUAUAGAGCUUUAGUGACUUUGGGAACAUUGAUAUUUUGUCAUGCUUCUGCAAAAGAUGCUGCAAAAGUUUUUGAUGUAAAGAUUAUUUUAAAAAAUGUAUCUGGGAAAGAGCCAAGAAUUACUUCUGUAUAUGAUGAAAUUUUAAAAUUGAUCUAA